AAAAAUUUUUACCAGAUAUGAUUAAUUAUUGUAACCAUCAUGAACCAGAAAUUAGAAUGAAGGCAGUAGUAACUUUACAAUUAUUGUCAAGAAAUGAGGAAAACAAAAGCAUAUUAGUGGAGGAGCAAGCUCUAGAAGUAUUAGUAGGAUUAUUGAAAGCACAAAAUAAUCGCGAAUAUACCCAUCGAUACGCGGCAAUCGCUUUAUGUGACCUGAUAUCUGGGAACGACGAUCGUAAGCUUAAAAUAGUGGAAUUAGGAAGUGAACCAAAGAAAAUAGAAGACGAAUUAAAUAUCGAUAACCUUGCAGAGUUAACGAGAUCAGACAAUUUAAGUUUGCGCAAUAGCGCAAUACGCAUUCUACUCGAUAGAGCAAUGUCAG